UAUGCAUGCCUUACAACACCGCACACACCCGCCGCCGCGCGAUCGACCGGCUGCGGCCAUUCGACGGUCUUUUUAUGGAGUUCGGCCCCGCCUGCGUAGUCCUCGCCCUGCGAAGUGGACAGGCGUAGUGAGAGCCGCUUUCAGCCUUGUAGAUAGGCCCGGCGCGGACCGCGUUCGUCACGGGGUGGCCAAGGGAGCUCGGCGGUGUGCACGAGAUUGGCGGUAGCAUACUUCCUAUUCAGGCAGGGCUGUUCUGCAAUGCAGGCGACGAGCUACCAACAGCUCGACCUUAUCGAGAGCAGACGGGAACAUACGGGCGGGAAGUGGAGGAGGACACACACGGGGGCAGCUCAUCAGCAAGCUCGAGCAAGCUCGCGGCGGAUCUUGGUGGCUAUUCUGUUUUGUUUGUUGCUGGGGUCAUCGAUGCGAGGCGGCAUGCGGGAGUUUAUUUUCGUUCUCCAGUCCUUGUCUGCGCAGAUCGAGAGAGACGGAGCAAAGGAAGCGGGUUGGGUGGUUGUCUCUUGCUGCGGUGACCGAACAUUGAAAUCUUGGAAUGCUGGGAUGAUCGACGAUGUUCUGGACGCUGGGAUGAUCGACGAUGUGUUCGACGAUCGCGUUGCGUGCAGGCAGGAGCCAGGAAGUACACACGCUGCGAUCUGCCGCGAUCGCAAUCGGUCAGGCUUACUGCGUGCCCUACCAGACCGGGACAAAGCGCCGUCCGCCUUCCUAACGCGGAGCCUGCCGGAGUGCCUGGGUUGUUGCUCGGAGGUAGGGAUGUGGCCUGCUGCCCCCCGUUUCGAGCUGACUUGCGUGACGAGGCGGUUUAGUAAGGCUGGCAGCCUGAUGAGUCAAGGGGCGACGCUGCGCUGCAACGCUGCGAGCUACCACAUUUCACUCACCCAGCCCUGGGUUGCCGCCUUCCACACGCCUUCUACUCGCCUUCCAUGCAUGCGGUGUGGAGGGAGAUCGCGAUCGGCUCUCCGCUUUGAGGGCUGCUUUGGUUCCCAGAGGAUAAGGUUCCUCGUUACAUGACUGAGCGUCUGUGUUUGUUGCUAUUCAUGAUUUCCCGCGCCAUGCAGGCUGCGAGGGCCAGGGCGUGCAUGCUUGCUUGCUUCGAGGAG